AUGGAGGAGAAAAUAUUGCAACGUCAGGUUCAUGGUGAAACACAGUCUGAAAGUAGUGAUUUAUUUCCUGAGACACAAGAAGAUACAAAGAAGGUAUCGUAUACCUGUGAUAUCUGUGGGAAGACAUUUGAUCAAACUAGUGACUUCAAUGUUCAUAAAUUACUUCAUACACCUGCAGUUCGUUUAAUUAGCCACAUGCAGGUUCACACAGAUGAGAAACCAUACUAUUGUGAUAUUUGUGGGAAAUUAUUCUCUCAGUUGAGCAGUUUAAAUUGUCACAAACGAAUCCAUACACAAGAGAAACCAUAUUACUGUGAUAUUUGUGGUAAAUCAUUCUCUCGGAUUGGUGGAUUAACAAGUCACGAGUGUGUUCACACUGGAGAAAGACCAUAUUCUUGUAAAAUUUGUGGUAAAGCAUUUUCUCACAGCAGUCAUUUAACUCAUCGCAGAUAUAUUCAUACAGGUGAAAAACCUUAUCAUUGUGAAGUAUGUAGUGAAGCAUUUUGUUGGAAAGGUGAUAUAGCCAUUCACAUGCAAAUGCAUACAGCUGAAAAACCAUACCACUGUGAUAUCUGUGGCAAGUCCUUCUCUCAGAAUUGUAUUUUAACUAAUCAUAGAUAUACACACACUGGUGAAAGACCAUAUCAUUGUGGUAAACAUUCACUCAGUAUGGUCAUUUAG